UGCUGCAAGUUUAUUUUCCUGUUGCCAUGAAGUGGUGUGAAAAAAAUGUUUUACCUCACAUUGAUUCAUUUUGGAGACUGCUGUCAGAAUUAUUUAUGUCCCUUUGGAGAAGUUCAUUAGGAGUUCGAAGUUGGUGCAAUACCAAUGUUCAGGCUACAUUAAUUUUGGUUGAUCAAUAUUUUCCUGUGUAUGCAGCAAAAGUAAUAACUGCUGUGAAUAAUAUUAUAUUGCUGCUUUCAAGUCAACUAAAGGUAGCAUUUGCUUAUGUGUGGCAGUAUGGACAGACAGCUGUGGUUUGGUUGCAGUCAAAUGCUUAUGUGGCGAACUCCAUGGAAAUAGUACGAAACCAAAUUAUUAAUUUAAGUGGUUUCUUACAAGGACAUGUUGUAUCUCUAGUGAAUUUUAUUUACAGCCAUAUUCCUUCUCUUGUAUGAGUCUGAACAAGGAAAAAAAAUAUUUGUACACUUUUUAUAAUUAUUUUCAAUA